ACAAACGCACUGAUGAUGUUACCUAGUUGGGUAAUGAAACGUCUGCAAGAAAACAAGCAAGCUCAGAGAGCAUCAAGGACUCAUCAAUUCAACCCUGAGCCACAAAUAUUCUUUAUUGGUACAAAACAAACAGUUCUGAAUGUACUUCAAAAAUUUCAAAUCGCAUAUCAAUUACAUUUGGUGCAAAAGAUUUUGAUUAACCGAAAGUGUCAAAAUAGAGCUGACGAGAUUCCGUUGUGAGCACCAAGUAGGAGACCGGCCUUGAGAGCCCUCAAAGGCCCCUUUCUAUUCUACGUGUCUUCUCCAGUGGCGACGACAGGCGCAAAUAACCAGAGACCUGUACAUGUAAAGUUUAAGUUGGCUACUUUAUUUUUCUCUGCCUAUUACGCAGGAAUCUCCUCAGUUCACAUGAUAACUACUAGACCAGGCUUUAAGGCAGGGGUGUCAAACUCGUGUCACGUGACGUGUCGCGACGUAUCACGACUUUUUUCCCCCUUGCCAGAGCUGGGAUGGAUACGGCUUCCGCGUGACACAUCCGGACUGUGGGAUGGCACUUUGACUCUCCUGCUUUAAGCUAUUCAGGGAAGGUCAGACCUAGCUCUUUUGUGUUUACAUAGAGAGUCCAGGCUACUUCCUCACUUGACUCCUGCUCUUCAAAAAGCAGAGAUGUAAGCCUGAGCUGAAUAGGACAUUUUUUAGAGGCCGUAAAUCUCUCUCUGUUUGGCCUGCAACCUUUUAGACUGAUGAGAUCAUCAUCUAACUGGUUCCAGAACCAAGCGCCAUCAUCAGAAAAGAACAAUGGCUCAAAUGUAAGGUUCCCACAUGCAUGUUUUCCAUACUCAGCUCUGCCCAUUUUUCUUUCCCGACAUGGGCAAUUUCAUAAGACGUCCCUGCAAAUGGGACAGCGAAUUGACGGACGAAAAACUAAUUGAGGCAAUCAUGACCAACAAUACUUCGAUGCUUCAAGAUUUACUGCCAUCCCACUCAGUUUACCAAACGAUUCUCUUCCAGAAAAAAGGGAGAUUUGUGCAAGAUAAUACACGAAAUGAAGAUCCUGAAAUGAGCCACCAAAGAGCAGAAUGCUCCACGGAGAACCCCCGCAGAGCAGAAGACAGGAAUGUUAGCAAACAUCUCUCUGUCAAAUUGAAGAAGAGCUUCAAGACCACAAACAGUGACACGGCUGGCCCCCGUGAUCACCAUCCUCUCCAUCUGGCUGUAACCAUGGGGUGUCAUCACCUAAUCCCCGACCUGCUGAAGCGGGGGGCAAGAAUAGACGACAGGUCGAAAGCUGGACAGACCGCCCUUCACCUUGCUUCCCAAACCCUCAACCACGAAGCCAUUCAAACGUUAAUCCACUGUGGGGCCGAGGUGAACUGUGCCACUCCGAUGACCCGAGAGACCCCGCUCCACUUGGCCGUCCACGCCUCGUCCUGCAAGGCCGGCCUCGUCCUCGGGGCCGAUGGGAAGUGUGUGGCGCUUCUGCUGAUGAAUGGGGCCGACGUGUGCAGGAAGGACUGGAGAGGCCAGGAAGCCCUUCACCACGCUUGCCGAAACGGCCAUGAAGACAUUAUUAACCUCCUCCUCAAUUACGGGGCAGACGUGAACGCCUUAACACUGAGAGCCGAGUCGUGCCUUUUCCUGUUCCUCGAAAAAGCCGCCAAUCUAAAGAAGGCCAACCUCCUCUGGAAGCUGCUAAGCCUCUCUUACCCUCUGAAGCUCACCAACUCCGACGGUCGCCUACCCCAACUCCUAGAUGACCCCUACUGGGAGCCACUGAAGGACAUACUCCUACAAGUGUCCUGUCAAGUCUGGUCCUUGCAGGACAUUUGCAAAUUCAACAUCCGGAAGGUCUACGGCGGGAACUCAAGAUACUGGCUCAAAGAGCUGAUGCCCAUCGAGCUGUGGGACUCUAUCUACAUGAGCCAACAGUUUUCGUACGCUUCGAAAAUCGUCGAAAGGAUUUUUGACAGCGGGUGCCGCCAGUCUGAAGUAGGGGAGAGGCCCUGGGACGCUAACCUCCUCCUCCUUUUCCUCCUUAGCGUGAUUCCUGCGCUAUGGCAGGGUCCACUUUUCCUGGGACGCUAGUUUUUGUUCUGACGUGUCAAAAUAAAAUAAAAUCGGAAGCGUCGGCUUUGUUGCUCUGAGUCAGUCCUCCCAAGCACGGAUUUUGAGCAUGGAGCACACACUCCCUCCGUUUGAAAUAUUUAAGAAGGAAAACGGAGAGGGGUUCCUGCAAUUUGGAGAUGUGCAACAGGCAUCCAGCCCGGCCUUUUUAAAAACCCUGCUGGAAGCAACGCGAUUCCCAGCUGAAGGAGACCGAAAUUGGAGAAAACGGGGAAAGGAGCAACGGGCAUGCACAGCAAAUACAGGUAGUCCUCGACUUAACGACCACAAUUGGGCUCAAAAUUUCUCUUGCUAUGCGAGACAUUUGUGAAGUGGAUUUUGCCCCACUUUACAACCCUUUCUGCCAUGGUUUUUAAGUGAAUCACUGCAGUUAGUAACAUAGCUGACUUUGCUUAUCAGAGUCACAAAAGGGAUCACGUGACCCCGGGACGCUGCGUCCGUCAUAACCACGAGUCAGUUGCUGAGGGUCUGAAUUCUGAUCACUGACUCUGGGAAUGCUGUAACGGUCGUUAAGUGUGAAAUAUGACCGUAACUCACUUUUUCCAGUGCCGUUGUUUGAACGGUCCCUAAAUGAACUGUUUUAAGCCGAGGACUACCUGUAAUUGUGUAUUAGAAAGGCGUUCGUCGGUUUGAAACAACAGAAAUUUGGGCUUAAGUAGGAAUUUCUGUUGUUUGCCACAUCUAAUGCCAACAUAUAAUGGUUUCUUGAUUCUGAAUAUUUAACCACCCAUCCAAGUUCUUAAUGCAUUCUUUGAGUGCAGAAUUUCUAAAUACCCAGUCUGGCUCUGAAAGAGU